AUGGUACAAUAUGAUCCUUUUGUUAGUGCCACGCAGCUGGCUGGACUAGCUGCGGGAGGCAAUAAUGCAGGCCAUACCGUUGUUGUGGAUUCUGUGGAGUAUGACUUCCACCUUCUGCCAAGUGGCAUCAUCAAUCCAAAAGUUAUAUCAUUCAUUGGAAAUGGUGUAGUAAUUCAUUUGCCAGGACUCUUUGAAGAAGCYGAAAAAAAUCUGAAGAAAGGAAAAGGGCUAGAAGGCUGGGAAAAAAGACUAAUAAUUUCUGACCGGGCUCAUAUUGUAUUUGACUUCCACCAAGCGGCUGAUGGAAUCCAAGAACAGCAAAGAGAACAAGCAGGAAAGACUUUGGGAACUACCAAGAAAGGAAUUGGUCCAGUGUAUUCCUCAAAAGCAGCUCGAAGUGGACUCCGAAUGUGUGAUCUCGUUUCUGAUUUUGAUGAAUUUUCUGAGAGGUUUAAAGUGUUGGCCAAUCAGUACAAAGCUGUAUAUCCUACCUUGGAGAUCGACAUUGAAGGAGAGCUGAAAAAGCUGAAGGACUACAUGGAGAAAGUAAAACCAAUGGUAAAGGAUGGUGUCUAUUUUAUGUAUGAGGCUUUGCAUGGGCCACCAAAGAAGAUCUUAGUGGAAGGUGCAAAUGCAGCGCUACUGGACAUUGAUUUUGGCACCUAUCCUUUUGUGACUUCGUCGAACUGCACGGUCGGGGGUGUUUGCACCGGCCUGGGCAUGCCCCCCCAGAACGUCGGCGAGGUGUACGGCGUCGUGAAAGCCUACACCACCAGGGUUGGCAUCGGGGCCUUUCCCACGGAGCAGGAUAAUGAAAUUGGAGAAUUACUGCAAAAGCGAGGUAAGGAGUUUGGUGUGACCACUGGGAGGAAGAGAAGAUGUGGCUGGCUGGAUCUCGUGUCGCUCCGAUACGUCUACAUGAUCAAUGGAUUUACUGCCUUGGCUCUUACCAAGUUGGAUAUCUUGGAUGUAUUCCCUGAAAUCAAAGUUGGUGUUGCUUACAAACUAGAUGGUGAAAUCAUACCUCAUUUUCCUGCCAACCACGAAGUCUUAAAUAAAGUAGAGGUCCAGUAUGAGACACUCCCAGGAUGGGAUACAGACAUUUCAAAUGCUAGGACGUUUGAUGAGCUGCCUGUAAAUGCACAGAACUAUGUUCGCUUUAUAGAAAUGGAGCUAGGUGUUCCUGUUAAAUGGAUUGGAGUAGGGAAAUCCAGGGAAUCAAUGAUCCAGCUGUUUUAAAGAUUUCAGAUGCAUGGAAGAAAGCACACUCCUCAAAAGACUGCUCAUUCUUAAUGCAUUAGUAGCCCGCAAAGCAAAGAUGUUGGAAAGAUAGAUUUUUUUGCAUGGAAAGAAAGAAAUGCUAGAGUUGAUAUCCCCAAAUCAAUCACUAUUCCUGAAAGAGACUUUAACAUGAACUUGUUUCAGUUCUGGGUCAACUGGCAUUUUCCAGGACAUUUGUUGUCAUUGUUCUUCAUGGUGCCAUCAGAUUUUUUUCUUUACCUAAUAUUUACUUCAUGAUGUAAUUCUUGUUUGAAAAUCUAAGGUAGCGUUACUUUCAUGACUGUUUGUCUUUGUUACUGUGUCUCUGCUUUUGGCGGUGUUACUUCCCUGAAAUUUUAGACAGUAAAUAUAACGCAGUUUUGCACAGAUAGUUUUACAUCCUCAUCAUUUGUAUUCCUAAAAGCUGUUGUAUUCUUAAUGGCUGCUCUUGUAAGUGAUUAAAGAGAGGGAUUCUGAUUUUAUAAUGCUAUAAAUGCUGUCUAAAUUAUUGUGUGAUCUGUUUUUUUUAAGUCAUGCCAAGGUGUUGAGAAAUGUCCAGGUUUUUUUAGUGAUAUAGCCCACUAAAUGUGCUCUGUCACUCAUGGAGGACCCCCAAAAGCUUACCAGAAAGUGUGCGUGAAAAAUUAGAAACUUGACAUUGUAAAAAGUUAAUUUGCAAUCAUUAAAAAAACAAUUAUGAUUGAGUUAAAUGUUUUAUAAUUUCACUCCAUUUUUUUUAGUAUUUUACACACCGUUAAUUUCUCUACUUCCAGACUACAUCUCAGCUCUUUUAUUAAUUGAAAGAGGUUAUAUUUGUUUUUGAUAAGAAGUCUAGCAUUUUGAUGCCCUUUUAAAUUCCUCUCUACAUAGCUAGUAGACAAUCUUGCUGUGGAGAGAKAGUGAUACAGACAUUUUUAUAAUUCUAAAAUUAAGAUGCUUUGUAAGUAUUUAAAAUAUUCAACAUACUUGCUUUAGAUGUGGGAAAAUAGUAUUUACUCUUUGACAUUUGACAUUAUAUUUUGGCUUAUUAGUGUUGGAAAACCUUCUGGAAUGGUUUUUGCUUAUAACCAUUGUGAUAUAAUCCAAAUCUGAUUUCUUUUUUGCAAUAAUAAUAACAUACUCUUAUUCCUAUUUUUUAAAGUCUGACUUUUGUAUUUACGCAUUGUAUUAUGGUGUUUGUGUGCUUCCUUUUUACUUCAAGCAAAACUUUGUUUCCUAAAAUCAAGUUUGUACCAGGGUGGGAUGAUGGGC